GUCGACUGUGACCAGAAUGGAAGCUGCAGAGCCUCAUCAUCUUUUCCUUGAAAUAGGAGAGAGCACUUCGGCUUACUUGGCUCCAAACGGGACCCAAGGGCUGUCACAGUGAAAAAAGAAAGAAAAGGGGAAAAACAACUGUACCACAUGUGAAUAUAAAAAAGAAGAGAACUCUAGCCAAUUGCACCACCACCGGAUGGAAGAGCCCAGCUGACACAACCUAGUCUAGGGAGUUUUGGGUUUACCCCUUUAACUUCAGGAAAGCUUCAACUGAAAAUCUGAAGACACAAAGAAGUACAAAGAGCAUGUCAUUUAGCUCUCUUUCCUGAUAGUUACAGAAGACGUUGAGAAGUCACACUGUAACAAUGACAACUACUUCAGUUGACAACUGGCUUUGCUCCUCCCAUGGAAUGCACUUUAUAACUAAUUACAGUGACCAAGCCUCACAAAAUUUCUCAGGAGUGCCAAAUGUCACUAGCUGUCCAAUGGAUGAAAAAUUACUAUCUACUGUGUUAACAACCUUCUACUCUGUUAUAUUCCUCGUGGGACUGGUUGGAAACAUCAUUGCCCUCUAUGUCUUUCUGGGCAUUCACCGUAAAAGAAAUUCCAUUCAAAUUUAUCUACUUAAUGUGGCUGUUGCAGACCUUCUACUCAUCUUCUGCCUCCCUUUCCGCAUAAUGUAUCACAUCAACCAAAACAAGUGGACACUAGGUGUGAUUCUUUGCAAAGUUGUGGGGACACUAUUUUACAUGAACAUGUAUAUUAGCAUUAUUUUGCUUGGAUUUAUCAGUUUGGAUCGCUAUAUAAAAAUCAAUCGGUCUAUACAACAAAGAAGGGCAAUAACCACCAAGCAAAGUAUUUAUGUUUGCUGUAUAGUAUGGACAGUUGCUCUUGCUGGAUUUUUAACUAUGAUCAUUUUGACACUGAAGAAGGGAGGUCAUAAUUCCACAAUGUGUUUCCAUUACAGAGAUAGACAUAAUGCAAAGGGAGAAGCAAUUUUUAACUUUGUUCUUGUAGUAAUGUUCUGGCUUAUUUUCCUACUGAUAAUCCUCUCAUAUAUUAAGAUUGGCAAGAAUCUACUGGGAAUUUCUAAACGAAGGUCAAAUUUUCCUAACUCUGGCAAAUAUGCUACAACAGCCCGGAACUCCUUUAUUGUACUGAUCAUUUUUACUAUAUGCUUUGUGCCUUACCAUGCCUUUCGAUUCAUUUACAUUUCUUCACAGCUAAAUGUGUCCUCUUGUUACUGGAAGGAAAUCAUUCACAAAACUAACGAGAUCAUGCUGCUUUUCUCUUCUUUCAACAGUUGCUUGGAUCCUGUCAUGUAUUUCCUGAUGUCCAGUAACAUUCGCAAAAUCAUGUGUCAACUUCUUUUUAGAAGGUUUCAAAGUGAAGCAAGCAGAAGCGAAAGUACUUCAGAAUUUAAGCCAGGACAUUCCCUGCAUGAUCUAUCCAUGACAGUCAAAAUGCCGCAGUACAGCACUAAGGGUAACUGAGGCAAAUGUACUAAAAUGAAUGACAAAAAACAGUCUCUUCAUUUCCUGAGAUUGGUAAAAUUAUUGAACAAAGUCCUAAUAUGUCCAAAACUCAGAUCUUUAAAAGUGAUCUUUCACUUGCUUAAUUGCAAAAUAGUUCAAAGCAAAGCAAAGCUUACAUUAAUCCCUAGAUUUUAGAACUAUAUGUAGAAUUUUCACAGAAUACAUUGUUAAGCUAACACUUUUAACAAUGGUUACAAUGUUAAGUGAAGUUCACGGAUUUAACAACAAAACAGAUAAAAUGUCAUUGUUUUUUUCAAGUCACUAAAGAGUUAAUAAAGUUAGGCACUUGAUACUAAUUUUAAAUAUGUUUAAAAAUAAAGUAAUCUGGGGACUGAGUUGAAAUGUCACUGAACAUGAGUAUUACUUUAAAAUCUUACAUCACUUGAUGCUAUAUUCAUUUGUGUCUAAAUCUCUGCUAACAGAUGAAAU